UUAUAGCUGCAAUUGCAAUAAUCUCUUUUAUCGUAUCAAAAGAGCUAGCCAUGGCCUUAAAAUCUCUUCUCUUUUUUUCCCUCUUAGUUGCUGUGGCUGCAGCCCCAGUGGCUGAGGCCCAACUCGGCAACAUUAUCGGCUCCAUCUUUAAUUUGAUCCGUAUUCAAGGGAAUCUGUUUUGCACAGCCAAUGGCAACAUGGGUGUUAAUGGCACCGCAACCCCAGUUUUCCCCAAUGCUCCGGUGCAGUUGCAAUGUGGAGCUGGAAAUGUGAUUUCCAGUGCAACAACCAACUCGGACGGACUAUUUUCUAUACUCUUGGACCCAUUACAGUUCCUUCUUUCUUCACUAUUGACCAACUGCAACCUAGUGGUUAACACGCCACUGUCCACUUGCAAUUCCGGGCUGCCUUCCUCUGGGGCUCUGCUAUCGCCCUUACGACUCAUAGGCAACACUCUCCAGGGGCCCUUGCAUAUCACCAACAUCAUCCCUGCUAACUUUGUAUUCCUUCCCCACCUCUAGGUUCUAAGUAAAGCAUUGAAGGGGUCACUCUCACUGAUCUACUACCAAUAUACACCCUCUAUAUAUGAAUAAGGUUAAUUGAACUACCAAGUCCUAGGGGUUUAUCUUUUAAAUUCCAUCUGUGUAGAUCAGUAUUUCUCUUAUGUAAGCUCUCUUCAAGCAGUGUUGGCAAGUAAUAAAUAAUUAUCUAAUCCUGUUUGCUAUAA